GGCUCUCUCUCCUCUCUCUCUCUUUAUAUUAUAUCACUACAAUAGUAUGCCAUUUUGGAAUCCUGCUGGCCGUGUGGCGUGUGCCGCAACCGUCUUGUUGCCCACUUCCGUCGUCUUGGGCCUUGCUUAUACCUCGCGCGAUUCCCUUGGAUCCAUGGUUCUCGUCACCCGACCACAACGGAUUGCCUUGAUGAUUCAUGCCCUGUACUUUGUCUACUGCGUCUUUGCUUUCGAAGCCCUCAUUGACAUGGGUCCCAUGUCCACCACGGGAACCGUGCCCGAUCAACCCGACAAUUUAUUCUGGCAAAUGACUUGUUUGUCGGGCGAAGUCUUUUUUGUGGCCGCCACGGCCCUGGCGUUGAUCGCCAGCCAGCCAGCAGUGCCCCGAUGGUCGCUGUUGGUGCCCAUUGCGCAGGUAUCCUACAACCUUAAAAACUCCUUGAUUUGGUGUGUGUUGUAUCCCCAGUUUUCUCCCGUCGGACAGCCGAUCGAAUUGAUGAAAAGCUUGGUGGACUCUACACUAUCAGGUGGACUUGUGCAAGGCGAUGGCCAAGGACGAAGGAUUGUUCAAUGUUUGCUUGAUGAAACGCUACAAUCAAGGUCGGAUUCGAAGAUCAUUGACUACUUGGUGCACAAGAUCAGCUCCACUGAUCUCGGCAUUCAACCUCACAGAUUGGACUGGAUGAUAGAAAGUUGUGUUUACAGGAUCUGA